GGGGCUGGUGUCACUGGUCAUUCCUGCACAGGACCACGCACUAUGGCCUCAGACCACCAGACUCAAGCGGGCAAACCACAGCCCCUCAACCCCAAGAUCAUCAUCUUUGAGCAGGAGAAUUUCCAGGGCCACUCGCAUGAGCUCAGCGGGCCCUGCCCCAACCUGAAAGAAACUGGCGUGGAGAAGGCAGGCUCUGUCCUGGUGCAGGCUGGACCCUGGGUGGGCUACGAACAAGCCAACUGCAAGGGUGAGCAGUUUGUAUUCGAGAAGGGCGAGUACCCCCGCUGGGACUCAUGGACCAGCAGUCGGAGGACGGACUCCCUCAGCUCCCUGAGGCCCAUCAAAGUGGACAGCCAAGAGCACAAGAUCAUCCUCUACGAAAACCCCAACUUCACGGGGAAGAAGAUGGAAAUCAUAGACGAUGAUGUGCCCAGUUUCCAUGCCCACGGCUACCAGGAGAAGGUGUCGUCAGUGCGGGUGCAGAGUGGCACGUGGGUCGGCUACCAGUACCCUGGCUACCGCGGGCUGCAGUACUUGCUGGAGAAGGGAGAUUACAAGGACAGCGGGGACUUUGGGGCUCCCCAACCCCAGGUGCAGUCCGUGCGCCGCAUCCGCGACAUGCAGUGGCACCAACGGGGCGCCUUCCACCCCUCCAACUAGUGCCCCCCUUUUCCUCCUUCCCAGGGGCUUGGUCUGCUGCCCAGGACCCCCCACCCCAGACCUCCUGGCGAAUGAAUAAAGUGUGACUUGCAA